AUGCAAACGAUCAACUGCAGCAGUGCCCGUAAGAACCGCUUCUUGUUCGUUGUUCCGGGAGAAGCGGAUGGAAAGCGGGCGUCUCCCUCGCAACGGUCGGUGGCCUUUGUGCAACACCAAACCGGUGUCGUAUCCAUAGACAGAAGGGCCGCAACGGCUCACGGGCGAUGCGGGUCAGCUUCCAGAAAAGCGAGGCCCACGGGUCAAAGGGGAAGGCGCCUCUAUGUCGCAGCACCGGGCGCUACAAGUUUCAGCGGCGAGAACUUGUUCUUCGGAGCCUCUACGUUUGCACCGGUGCCGCAAUUCAAAAAACGCUCACGAGCCGGUCCCACUGGUUCAUACGGGUUGCGCAUGGAGGGUGUCGAUGGUCACAAACGCUGGAUGAACGUCGGACCUCCAACACCGCCGUGGUUGGACGUCCUCCCUCCGAAAGACAGAGAACGGGACUUUGACAAAGUGCUUGUCAUUGGUUCUGGAGCGAUCCGUAUAGGGCAAGCAUGCGAGUUUGAUUACUCAGGGACGCAAGCAUGCAAGGCGCUGCGUUCUCUUGGAUACGAAGUUGUGCUCGUGAACAGCAAUCCGGCGUCGAUUAUGACUGAUCCGGAAACCGCUGACCGAACUUACAUCGAGCCGAUCACGGUGGAGGCUUUGGAAAUGAUCAUCGAGCGAGAGCGCCCGCAGGUGCUUCUCCCAACCAUGGGUGGCCAAACCGGCCUCAAUAUGGCGAUGCAACUUGCCAAAAAAGGCAUCCUCGAGAAGUACAAUGUGCGUCUAAUCGGUGCGAAUCUGGAGGCGAUCCGGAAAGGCGAAGAUCGCUUAGCAUUUCGUGAAGCCAUGGAACGGAUCGAUGUACCGUGCUGCCCCAGUGGCAUCGCAAACAACAUGGAGGAGGCCAGGGCUGUUGCUGCACAGAUAGGUCGUUUCCCGCUUAUCAUCCGACCAGCGUACACACUGGGCGGCACUGGCGGUGGCAUCGCCUACAAUCGCGAGGAGUUCGAGGAAAUUGCCGCUGGCGGUCUCGAGGCCUCUCCCGUCUCGCAGAUAUUAGUCGAACAGUCUCUCUUGGGUUGGAAAGAAUUCGAGCUUGAAGUUGUUCGGGAUAAGAUGGAUAACGUCGUUAUAAUCUGCAGCAUUGAGAACGUCGAUCCCAUGGGUAUUCACACGGGGGAUAGCUUCACGGUGGCGCCAACGAUGACGCUCACCGACAAGGAGUAUCAGCGCCUGCGCGACAUGUCAAUCGCAAUCAUUCGCGAGAUUGGUGUCGAGACCGGCGGCAGCAACAUCCAGUUUGCGGUCUGUCCGCGUACCACGAAUGUAAUCGUGAUCGAAAUGAAUCCUCGAGUGAGCCGCUCCUCGGCCCUAGCAUCCAAAGCAACCGGGUAUCCGAUUGCGAAGGUCGCUGCAAAGUUGGCAACUGGCCUCUCUUUACCGGAAAUCAAAAAUGACAUAACGCGAGACACCGUUGCAGCUUUUGAACCAGCUCUGGAUUAUAUAGUGUGCAAAUUUCCGCGCUUUGCGUUCGAAAAGUUCCCCGGAACGAGCGACGUCCUGACAACGCAGAUGAAAUCCGUUGGGGAAGCCAUGUCGAUCGGGCGUAGCUUUAAGGAGUCAUUUCAGAAAGGUCUUCGCUCCCUCGAGAUUGGGCGACACGGCUGGGGCCUUGACGCCAAAGACGAAGAGGUUCUAUCUCGAACUGAGCUCGAGGCAGCGCUGCGCAUACCGCGGCCGAAUCGCAUCUUUCGAGUUCGGCAGGCCUUCCAGGCUGGCAUGACCGUAGACGAGAUCAACGCGCUUUCCAGCUACGAUCACUGGUUCCUGCAGAACAUGAAGGAACUCUUUGAUUUGGGCGAAUCGCUGCGCAGCAAAAAAUCGCUUCAAGAUAUCGAUCGGCUCACCAUGUUCACGUUGAAGCGGAACGGCUUCAGUGAUCGACAAAUAGCCUUUGCACUUCGCAAGCUGGGCGUUACAGAGACUGAGGUCCGUCGCUAUCGCAAAUCUCUGGGUAUCCGCCCUGUCUACAAACGGGUCGAUACCUGCAGUGCAGAGUUUGAGGCCUACACGCCGUACCUGUACUCAACGUACGAGUCCUGCAACGCCUGGGACGAUGACGCUGUCGGGGGCAAUGGCGAUGGCAGUACCACCGGGGGCAGUGUCCUCGAUCUGCGCAGCGACGGCACCACAGGCGAUGGAUCCAGCUUCCAUGGAAGUUUUAUCGCUGCUGGGAUGGAAUCCGAGGUUCCACCCUCGGACCCGAGCAAGCCGAAAAUCAUAAUCCUCGGAGGUGGUCCGAAUCGCAUCGGGCAAGGCAUCGAGUUCGAUUAUGUGUGUUGUCAGGCUUGCUUUGCGCUCCGCGAUGCAGGUUUUGAAACCAUUAUGGUGAACUCGAAUCCCGAGACCGUAUCGACCGACUACGAUACCAGCGAUCGCCUCUACUUUGAGCCGCUCACACUGGAGGAUGUUAUCUCGAUCCUUGAAGCGGAGAAGCCGGAUGGCAUCAUUCUUACGUUCGGCGGGCAGACUCCACUGAGGCUCGCUGUUCCUCUGCAAGAAUACCUGAACAGCGACGAAGCGAAAGCUGCAGGUGUGUACACGCGGGUUCUGGGCACCAGUCCGGACUCGAUCGACGCAGCCGAGGAUCGGGAUCGGUUCCAGGCGAUACUGCGCGAGCUGCGCAUUCGCCAGCCAGAGAAUGGCAUUGCCCGCAGCUACCAGGAUGCCAAGCGCGUUGCUGAGGAAAUCGGGUACCCGGUUGUGGUGCGGCCUUCCUAUGUUCUCGGCGGUCGAGGAAUGGAGAUCGUUUAUUCCGCAAGUGAGCUCGAACGGUACAUGGCCGAAGAGGUCGUCGUGGAAUCCGAGCAUCCUGUCCUGAUCGACAAAUUCCUCCUUAAUGCGACAGAGGUGGAUGUCGAUGCGCUCGCAGACUCCACCGGACGCGUGGUUAUCGGCGGUAUCAUGGAGCACAUUGAGCAGGCGGGAAUCCACAGUGGGGACAGCGCGUGCAGCAUACCCACCGUGUCCCUGCCGUAUGAGGUGCUGGUGCAGAUUCGUCAGUGGACUGCAGCGCUCGCUCGUCGCCUCCAGGUCGUGGGUUUGAUCAAUAUCCAGUGGGCAGUCCAGGGCAGCGACGUCUAUAUUUUGGAGGCGAAUCCCCGGGCCUCGCGCACCGUACCCUUCGUGAGCAAAGCGAUCGGCGUACCGAUUGCCAAGAUCGCCAGUAUGCUGAUGGCGGGUGCGAACCUCGACGAACUCGGGUACACGACGGAGAUUCUCCCGCGAGCGAUAUCUGUGAAAGAGAGCGUGCUACCAUUCGACAAAUUUGCUGGCGCCGAUACCCUUCUGAGUCCAGAGAUGCGCUCGACUGGUGAAGUCAUGGGCACCGACUACUCUUUUGGAGCGGCUUAUGCAAAGUCCCAGGCUGCUGCCGGAACGCCGCUACCCAAGUCUGGCACGGUGCUGCUAUCGUUGAAGGACGCAGACAAAGCAGCAGCUCCGGCGCUCGUUCGCGACUUGCUGGAUAUGGGCUUUCGAGUUCUGGCCACCCGAGGCACACACGCUGCGCUAGUCGCUGCUGGUAUCGAUGACGCUCGAGUAGAGAUGAUUCACAAGGCCGGCGAAGGGCGUCCCGAUGUUCUCGACGCCAUCAAGAACGGCGAUAUCGAUCUGUUCAUCAUCACGCCGUCGGUGCCUGCGGACUCUGCUCGGAACGUUCGUCGCGCGGCGCUGAUGACCAAGGUACCCAUCAUCACAACCAUCGCAGCGGCACGAGCGGCAGCUGCGGCAAUUCGCACCAUGCAGAGUCAGACGCUGGAAGUGAAAUCCCUCCAAGAGUACCAUCCCAAGUACAAGGAGAUCUCGGAGCAAAUCCGUCGAGGCAUGGAACGUGCUGCCAAUAAACUGCGUCGCGUUGCACCGGCCGCGAGUCGAGAUGUCAAAGAACCGAUCUCGUCUUAA